AUGGGCUUUACUUGAAGGAUUGUGUGUGUGUGUGUGUGUGUGUGUGUGUGUGUGUGUGAGAGAGAGAGAGAAAAAGAGAUUAUAAAUAUAUUUCAUGAGGGAAACUAACUAUUAUUAUAUUUUAGAAGUUUUACUCCCACCAUUUUGUAAGAUACUAUACUAUUUUCAUACGAACGGAGAUUCUGAAAUAAACAUUUGGCGCCCCCUGCUGACCAUAACAGAAGUUGUUUUGUUGUUUAGCUGUGAAAAUGCUUUAGACGUCACCUUUGCUAGUACCUGAUAAUCUAGAAUGUCAAAUAAACACACUUUCAGGUCAUUUGAUAGGCUAACUAGCAACAGACCAACUGACAAUGCAAAUUACCACUUUGUCACCAGAGAGAGCAUGCAAGAGGGAAUUGACAAGGGCGAGUUCAUUGAGAAUGCAGAGUUUUCUGGGAAUAUGUAUGGAACCAGCAAAUCAUCCAUAGAGGACGUUCAGGCACAAAACCUCAUCUGCAUCUUGGAUGUUGACAUACAAGGAGUACAAAACAUUAAGAAGACUGAUCUAAACCCCAUUUACAUCUCCAUUCAGCCACCUUCAAUGGAGAUCCUGGAAAAGCGUCUGAGGGACAGACAAACAGAGACAGAGGACAGUCUACAGAAGCGUCUGGAGGCCGCGAGGAUUGACAUGGAGCUCAGUAAAGAACCUGGAGUUUUCGAUAUUGUGAUCGUUAAUGAUGACCUGGAAGAAGCCUAUGAGAAACUCAAAAGUGUUCUUAUUGAGGAAAUUCAGAAGGUGCAAGAUGCCAAGAAAUAGGAAAGGAUAGGCGGCACUUUUUACCUUUUUGCCCGACAACACAGGACACAAAGCCUUUUUUCCAGCCUUGUACGGUGCAAUUAUAGUGUUAAUUCUCAUGGUGGACUCUGAAAGUUCACUUAAAGGGUUAAACAUCUCACUCUCAGUUGAGGACUCCUCUAAACUCUCUGUUUGCACCUUGAAUAAUGAAGGGAGAAAACUGUAUGGUAACCCAAAAUGAGUUGAGUAAGUGUAUUGAUGACAAUAGAUUGUUUAUCAUCAGCAUGUUAGUUCUAUAAUAGAGAAAUUAUUGUUUUUCAAUAUUUGUGAUCUUUGUAGAGAGCUAAACUACAGCAGGUUUGAUUCUCAGGUAACAGGUUUAAAUGUAUUCACCUUCAUGUUUAUACAUUUGUGUUGGAUAUAAAAUGUUCAAGUGGUUUAGCUAAAAUAAAAUAUAAUAAAAUAAAACUAAAAUUAUAUUAAAGAA